AUGGAACGCCAGGGAGCUCUACAGCUAAACUACAUGCAGCGGAUCCAGUGGGGGAAGACUGGACAUUCGUCCCUGCAAAGUAAAGAGGAGAAGGAAAGGGGGAACAUCAAAAGUCCCGAGGACCAGCAUCACACCAACACCCAUUUUCGUCAAUUAUUAUGUCCAGACCCCACCUGUGAGGUGUGCAAUAUGAUAGCUGCUGAGGUCAAUGAAUUCUUGGGCCCAGAAGCACUGAUUGAUAGUUUCACCUCUGUGGCCCCUAUGACGCCAAUGAAUGAGUCAUCUUUUAAUCUGUGCCCCAGCCAAUCUGCAGCUGCUACCAGGGAAGUGACAUCAGACUCUUCAUCUCUGCCUUGCCCAUCAUCACCCCACUCCAUCCUCAAAUCUAACCAGAGGAUCCAUAUUGCUGAUUGUGAUUCACCUAUACUACCCAGUGGCUCGCUUCCACCUGAGCCUUUUCCAGCCCUGGAUUCUCAGUUCCAUCUGGACCAUCACCCACCACCUCAUCUUUCCUUUUCACCAUUUCCAUCAUAUGAAACUCAGACCGUGGAUCCUAUUGUCCUUCAAAUAGAUCCUUUGAGUUGUGAGCACACAAAGAGUCCACUCAGCUCAACUGAUUCUACUCCCUUGCAGGAUAUUAACCCAUUGCCAGAUAUCCUUAAAAAUUCACCUGCUUGUCACCAACCUGCAUCAGACAUCUCUGUUCCAAUAGCAACAGACUUCACAAUUACUGUAACUGAAUCUAAAUCAAUCACCAUCUUUUUGAAAUCUGCUCAGGAGAACCCACCAGUGAACAGCCCUCCUGGAUUGUCCAAAAAUGAGCCAACAAUAAUAGGAAAAGACCAUUCUAAUCUGGAAAUUUCAAAAUUAUCUUGGUCUCAGACUCAACCCCAAAUCACCACUUCUUCUAUCUGGUCACCAAGUACUCGUGAUCAUGAGUGUCUAGCCCCACACUCACCCAAGACUUCUUUUGGUGUAGACAUUAUAACCAGUCCUGUGGAGACUGAUACUUCAGGGAAAAUAUCAACACCUAAGUCAACAGUCUCCUAUCCUAAUUGGCCAAACAUGGUUGUGUCAAAGAAGUUUCAAGAACAUAAUAUGGCCCUCAGUACUAACACCCUGAAGGACUCUUCCCAGAAAAAAUACACUCAGUUAUUCUGGGGUCUCCCAUCUCUUCAUAGUGAAUCUUUGUGCUCCACUACCCAUUUGGUGGAUAACAACUCACCAGACUGUAUUUUCAAUAAAACUCUGAGUGAAUCCACCAGACCAAAAAACAUGUCUCUGACAUUACCCUUAUCUGAGACCCAGCAUCACCUAUCACCUCAAGUCCUCAUUUCUUCCAAGUCCCUACCUUUUACAGAGACUCAGUGCCAACCACAAGUUGUGUCCACAUAUCCUUCUGACCUCCUCAUUGGAACCUUACCCCAAAGCCACUAUAGAACACAGGAGGCACCAUUGGCUCUCGCCUCUUCUGAUAUUCAAUGUUUGGAAUGGCAUGUGUUACAGAAGCAACAGAGCAUUGUGUGGGGUCUACCUCCCAUGGUGCAAAGAUCUCAGCAGGAAUUUUAUCCUCCUGCUCCCAAUGCUCCUGGCCACAGGUCCUCACUAGUGCGUCCUUCAAUCUCCAUUCUUCAGGGGGAUUUUCCUCUCAGCACUGAUCUUACAAAGAAGCUAGAACAUCACCUCCAUAAGCGGCUCAUCCAACACCGGUGGGGACUGCCCCGCAGAAUCUGGGAAUGUCUGUCACUAUGGAUGCCCCCUGAGAAAUAUUCAGAAAGGGAUCAGAUCAACAGAAAUCUAGAUUUAGUGACAAGUCAAUCAGGAAAUAUCCAUCAUUCCUCUGUAGACCCAAAGAUGGGGGAGGAAAAUAGAAAAAGCUCAGAUAAAACAUUCAAACACCAUCUGAGUGACCAGAGAAAUUCUUCAGAGGUAGCUCUAGAGCUUGGGUCUGAUCAAAUCACAAAGGAUAAAGUCUUGGGUAUGUCAGAGAAUGACACAGAGGUUGUAGAAAAGAAUCAGUCCUUCCAAAAUCUUGAGUUGACUUUGAAAUAUCACUUGAGAAAGAAGUUUGAGGAAAUCCAUGAGGGCCAAUUGCCAAGAACUGUGACGAGCUCAAGGCGUACGAGCAAAGUGACAUUGUCAACCUCCCCAAAAUCUCUCUGUCAGGCAAAACAAAGGAAGUUAACUUUAGCAGAGAGUGAGCAAGUAUGCCUUAAUACCGUACACGAUCUGCCCUUCUUUGAUUCCAGAGUACGAAAGUCGAUGGAAACCCACAUUAAGAGAUUUCAUAAGCAAAUGAUAUGGGGCCUUCCAACCAGGGUCUGUGAAUCCAUAGAGUGCUGUAAGUUGUCAACUACCUCAUCAUGUUCCAGUAUGCCUUCCUUAACCAACUGGUAUUCGAAGGGACGUGCCACAUCUAGAGACUUCAAUCCCUCCAGACAAAAUGUUAAAUUUCUUGAAGGAGAUGGGUCAAGAAUUAAAUGUUCUUCUGUGGGCCAUUCUGUCUCAGAUACCUCACCUUUGAAAAAGGAGAGACAGAACAUCCCAAAACAAUCACCAUUUGCUCUGAGAAAUGCUCUUAAUGAGGAAAUUCAGACACUUAAGAUAGGCAAAAUUCAUCUGAUGCCUGUGAAAGACAUUCCAAUAGGAAAAGAAAAUCUGAGAGAGAGUCUACCGGCCAACACAAAUUUAGCUGCAAGACAAGAUCAGACCAGACAUGAAUCAAAGAUGCUGCAUGUUAGAUUCAGCAAUAAAGCAGAAAUACACUGUGAUUUGUCAAAGCCCCAAACACCCAGGGAGACACUACGGGUUGAGAAGCAGCCUGCAUUUCUAUCAAAUGCUCAGAAGCACGUGACCAUCAACAGAGUGGACACUUCCCCAAAAGCCAGUGCAAAGGAAGAGGCAGAGAGUGAUGUGUUUGCUGGCAGUGCUGCUGUUAAACCACCAUUCUCCCAACAUUUUACAACGUCACCCCUGAAAUGUCAGCUCAUUGAUGAGCUUAAGAUUACCCUGAAGAGCAAGAAAGAAUGUGAGGCCAAAGGCCAGGCCAUGUCCCAGUCUUCAGAUGACCUGACUUACAAGACCUCAGUCACUCAGUCCCCAGGUGUCCAUGGAAAUCCGGGCAUUUCCCCAGCCCUGCACGUCCAAUUGGAGGAUGACAAGGUCAGAUUGGAAGGGAAGCAGGAGCCUUGGCUCCCAAAACAUGUGCUUAGGCCAUGGCGGGAUGAGGCUCUUCCCAGAGCUCCUGAGAAUGUCAGCAGCUGUCCAGGCAGCGAAUCUGAAGAGCUUGGUGCCGGGGAUGCACAUGUGGGCAAGGCAGAUGGUGGCGGGAAGAGUUGUCCUUCUCAGAUCAGGGCAUUGCAGGAGAUGCAGGGUAGCAAGAGUCGCCAGAGUCCAUUCCAGAGAGGACAGCCACCUCCAGAAAAUUACUACAGAAAGAAAGUGAAGGGCUGCUUUCAGCUGAUUUCUCCGAGGACCAAAAUUCAAAGGCAAGAAAGUCCCCAGGAAAUACAUAGGCCCAUUUCAUUUGUGCCAAACAGGGGACUAGUCCAAAAAAGAGCCACACCUCUUGGGAGGAAAGAAAAUCCAAGAACUACAACAGACACCCGGAAGUCCCCUAGGGAGAAACUGGGGCACGUGCACCCACUGGAUGGUACAUGCCCUCCAAAGCCUUCUCCCACACCCAUGAAGUUCAAGACAAGGCAUCAGGUGGCAGUAGUGCAGGUCCAGAGAAAGGCUGUCCAGGCACAUUGUUUGAAAGAGGAGAUUCCCUCCCCCAGAGUAGCAACUGCAAAGUCCCACCAGCCUGCAGCUGUUUAUUCUCCCCAGAGAUGUCCCAGACAUAAUAGACGUAUCCCAGAUAAGGCCUCACUGCAGAAAGCCGUGGCCUCUCAGGAUCAGCAUGUGUGUCGGCAGCACUGCCCUUCUAGGGCUUUCAGGAAGCCUGGGCCUCAGCCAGGCACGUGA